UACAGAGGAGAAACAAAUCAGGAAGAAUACUGAAUACCCUGUUAAGCCUAUCCACAUAUCCACAGAAAUAUCGGCAGGAUUUGAUAUUAUAUACACGAACACCAACACAGAAAAGAAGAUAAAAUAGCGGCCAUGUUCGGUGGAGGUAGAGGCAUGGGAGGUGGAGCAGGAGGGAGCAGCGUGUUGAGGGUUGUCGGUAGGGCCGUUGCCAGGGCUGGUGUCAGUGCUGGGAGUACUUUUCAAGAACCCUUAUCAUCUUCAGGAGCCACUUCAACUGCUGCUGCUGCUUCUAGGCCUACUAAUAAGCCUAAUUCCUCAAAUAAUCUUACUAUUUCGUCUUCUGGGUCGUCUCAUUUUUCUCCAUUUAGUGUUCCUUUAUCCGCCAGUUCUGGUGUACCCACUUGUUGGCAUAGUUUUGGUGCCGGGUCUUGCUCUUGCUGUGAUGAGUUCGAGUGGGUUUCUGUUGACGGAAGUGAGGAUGAGAGGGCUUUUGGGUUUGUCGAUGAUUUUGUCCUCGGGCCUGUGCCUUCUGCAGAUGAAGUUCAAUAUGCUGUUUCUGCUCUUCAACAGGUCUGUGACGUUGCCCCAUACUCUCAGCAUGUCAGGGAUAAAUAUGCUUAUAAUUCCGACAGGGAUGGAACAAAUCGUAUUCCAAGUUUUACUGAUUCGGAGGGUCGAGUUUCUUCAGUUGGAUCGGAUUUAGAUUGGGUAGAGCCCUCUCCACAUUAUUAUAACUCAAGAGUGUUGCAAUAUCAAGGACGAGACAGAGUAUAUGAUGCUUUUCAUUUACUGCAGACCGACCCAUUCGUUCAGAGGAUGGUCAUUUCGUUAUCAUCUGAUAAAGCUGUUUGGGAUGCUGUCAUGAACAAUGAUGUGGUCCGACAACUCAAAGAGUCAUACUAUUCAGAUGAAAACAUUACUCAGAAGAGUUCAGACGAGCCAUCUGAUGACUCAAAUCCAGCAGUCAACAUCCUUAGGUGGGUUUUUGACAACACAAAGGCGAAAGUCAUGGAAGUAAUCGAUAAUAUUAUGAAGCUGACAAAUGAGUUUUUCAAACCCGCAAACGAGGGGAAUGCGGCAACAGGAGACACGGAUCCAUUUCAAGAUAAGCUGAAAACUUCAUUCCUGCUAUCCAUUGUGGUCCUGCUGAUUGUUGUUGUGUCGCGAGCCCACGGGGCUUGAUCAUAAUUUGACGACAUGACAGGUAUUUCCCCUCUAUUGUGGGCGACUAGACCAGUAAAAGUUGCCCGCCCAUUGAGGGUUACAUUAUUAUGUUUUGACAUAUCAAGAUAACUGCUCUGUGUUAUUGUAGUUCAUACAUCUGUAUGCUUUGGAGAUUUGUGAAUGUUAACUUUUGUCGUUUAUUAACAGAGUGACUUCAACUGGUGCAUUUAA